GCAGCAGCAGCAGCGCCGCAGGUUCGCUGGGCACAGGCGAGCUGCGGCUCCGCGUCCAGCAGCCGUCCCCUGCUGUGGGUUAGGCAGAGAGGAGGAGGAUGGCCUGUGCUGAGGAGGACAGGUGUAGCUACGAGGUGUGCAAGGAAACGAGGGACUGGCUGUGUGCCCGCACCGCCCUGCGCCCCAGGACUGCCAUCAUCUGCGGCUCUGGCCUGGGAGGCCUGGCAGAUGCCCUGGAGAACAAGACAGUCUUUGAGUAUGAGGACAUCCCUCACUUCCCCCACAGCACAGUGGCAGGGCACCGCGGCAGGCUGGUGUUCGGGGAGCUGCGGGGCCACGCCUGUGUGUGCAUGCAGGGACGCUUCCACGGCUACGAGGGGCACAGUGCCAGCACGGUCACCUUUCCCAUCAGGGUCUUCUUUCUUCUGGGGGUGGAGAUCCUGAUCGUCACCAACGCUGCUGGGGGGCUGAACCCUCACUUCCAGGUCGGGGAUGUGAUGUUCAUUAGAGACCACAUCAGCCUCUUUGGCCUGGCAGGGCUGAACCCCCUGCGGGGCCCAAACGACGAGAGGUUUGGUGCCAGGUUCCCCUGCAUGUCAGAUGCUUAUGACCAGGAGCUGCUGGGCCUGGCACAGGAGAGUGCCCAGGAGCUGGGCUUCCAGAGCUUCACCCGGCAGGGAGUCUACUGCCUGCUGCCCGGACCCUGCUACGAGACCGUGGCCGAGUGCCAACUGCUGCAGGCGCUGGGAGCCGACGCCGUGGGCAUGAGCACCGUGCCAGAGGUGAUGGUGGCCAGGCACUGUGGCCUGCGUGUCCUUGGGCUCUCCCUCAUCACCAACAAGGUGGUGCUGAGCUACAGCAGCCAGGAGAAGGCCAACCACGAGGAGGUGCUGCACACCUCGCAGCUGCGGGCCGAGGGGCUGCAGAAGCUGCUCACACACCUCCUGGGCAAGCUAGGGGAGGGCACAGCCUGCCCCUGACCUCCAGCCCUUUGCCACUGCCCCCCCUUUGCCACCUUCCCCCCAGCAGCAGCUGGAGGGGAGCUGCUGGUGAGGUUGAUUCCCUCCUGCCCUCCUGGUGCCCAAUACAACCUGUGCAAUGCUG